UAUGUUAGUAGUAUUAAUGUGUGUUGUGUAAAGGUCUGGGGUAAAAAGAGGAAAAGGGGGAGGGGUUGCCAAGACACAACGACAUAAAAGUGGGCCAACCGCGAAACUGGACCGGAGAUCUUCCAAUAAGCUCAACAGAACUUGAAUUCUUGGAAGUUAUUAUCUCAUUCAUAACAGAUUAACUUUCACCCUCGCAAUGUCAGGCACGAGUGCGGCCACUACGGCCACGGGCGAUGGAGCGCGUCCACAGAAGAUCUCCGUCCUCUUCGUCUGCUUGGGAAACAUCUGUAGAUCUACCAUGGCAGAAGGUGUCUUCCGAUCCAUCGUGAAAGACAGAUCAUCUCCGUACUCCAACCUCAUCGACAAGGUAGACUCCUGCGGGACAGGUGGGUACCACACCGGAGACGAGCCCGAUUCCCGGACGAUGUCAACCCUCGCAGACCACGGCAUCACGAACUAUACGCACGCGGCACGUAGGUUUCGCGAUAGCGACUUCCGGGAUUUCGACUACAUAUUUGCGAUGGACAACGGGAACCUAGAGGAUAUCGAGCGGUGGAGAAAUAGAAGCCAGAAGUUGUCUGCGUCUAAGGCGCGAGUGAUGCUCUUUGGCGAGUUCUCGGGUACGGGUCGCAAAGAGAUAGUGCAAGACCCGUAUUAUGUCGGUCGAAACGCAUUCGAGAAGGCGUUUGAACAAUGCAAGAGAUUCUCGACAAAUUUCUUAGAGCAGGCGUUUCCCGGUGCCUCCAAACCGACUGCAUAAACUCUAAUGAUACCCAGGCUUUUUAUAGAAAUUAUAUCUUCAUAAACCGGUAGAUAGAGCCUGCAAGACGAAUAGAUUUGCAUAAAUCAUAAAUUCGAAAAGACGGCCCUUUAAGGGAGGCAUCCUAUCGAUAAUAAGCACGAGAUUAUUUUAUAAACGGAAUCGACCAGUCGCUUUUCUGAGGACUGCAUAUUUUCGAUUCUAGUUGCAAGGGUCCGACUCUAAUAAUUGACUAUAACGUUGCGAUUUGUCGUCAUCUUUACGAGUUACUUACGUUACUAGGUAGCC